AUGAGCGGAGCAUUGCUCAGAAACGUAGCUGCCGACACCGCCCGGCUCAUAUGGCGGAGUAACGCGGCAGCCGAGACAUACCCAUUUGCUAAAACCGGCCUUUCUCAAUCGAGACCUUAUUUCAGGUCGCGUCAGCUUCAAGGCAGAGCAAAAGAAACAGAAGUCUCACCUUCUUCUUCUUCUUCAUCUGCAUCGAUUUCGAAAGUUUGGUUCGUUGGUUGGUACCUUGGUAUGGUGAAAUCACGACCAGUUUUGACUAAAAGUGUCACUUCUUCUCUUAUUUACAUUGCCGCUGACUUGUCUUCUCAGACAAUUGCGAAAAAUUCUUCCGAGUCAUAUGACUUGGUGAGAACAGCAAGGAUGGGUGGAUAUGGUCUAGUUGUUUUGGGUCCAACACUUCACUAUUGGUUCAAUUUCAUGUCAAGACUCUUUCCUAAGAAAGAUUUGAUCACAACGUUUAAGAAAAUUGCCAUGGGACAAACAAUCUACGGGCCAACCAUGACUUUUAUAUUCUUCUCAUUGAAUGCAUCUCUGCAAGGGGAAAGCGGUUCAGAUAUACUUGGCAGAUUGAAAAGGGACUUGGUCCCUGUGUUGUGUAAUGGUGUCAUGUAUUGGCCUUCAUGUGAUUUUAUUACAUUCAGAUUCUUCCCUGUUCAUUUACAGCCUCUUGUAACCAACUCGUUUUCGUAUGUAUGGAUAAUCUACACGACAUACAUGGCAAACCGCAAAAAGCCUGACGAGAUUUCGAACCGAAACACUCAAAUAUGUUCUACAUGA